AUUGUCCGUUUUUCUAUUCAUUGUCUUGCUCUAUUGUCCAUUUCGAUUCAGGGGACAAUAACGACUGUGUCAUUCAACCCCCUUCUUCGCUUCAGCACUGGUAUAUUUGAUAUAUUACCCCAUUUUCCACUUCAGAACUGUUCUUUUUUUUACAAUAUAUACCAAACGAUAUCUCUCUUACCAACUCAUUGCUUCGAAUCACCAACUACUUGAUUCAUCCCUUCGAUAUCAACCAGGCCAUUUACUUCAUCCCGACGAUACCAACCAAUAGCUGCCGGCAGCCACAACUCUCCACCAAAACCUACCAGCCCAUCCACAAAUAUAACAUCUCUCCAUUCUCAUCCACACAUCCGCCAAAAUGUUCAACAUCCUUUCCCUGUUCCAAAACUUCAAGAAGACUGGCGCCGGCUAUGUCAUUCUCAACAUCAUCCGAGUCCUCAACAUUAUCACGUUGGGUCUUAUUGUUGCGGGUAGCUGGAUCAUGCUCGUCAGGACUGUCCAGACUUCCAACUUCUUUUUCUUCGACGGCGUUACCCACUUUGCCACGAGCACAAUCAGCAUAUUUCUGAUCCUUUCAGAGCUCUGUCUCUUCAAAAGCUGGUUCUCAAGAAACUGGCCUUUGUUGAGCGAGGAGUCAGGCCUUAUCACUUUGGCUUUGUCUAUGACGAUUCUGGGUUGCAAUCUGCUUGGCAACCUCAACAAGCCUGCAACUUCGCAAGAAGCUAUUGGCAUGUCAUUCUGGAGUGUGGUCGUUGCUGGAGGCAUCCUCGGUCUUGUCUUUGGAGUCAUCAACUUCAUUGCUCAUUACGCCUUCCGCAUUCGCAAGAAGGGCAUUACAUCCCGCCAAAUCAGAGCCCACGGCGCCAAAGUCUUGCUCGACGACCUACCAAAGUCGGUGCGCAGCAACUCAACUGGAACCAGGUCAUUCGAGCUUCCCCAGUACACCAAGGAGAAUGAGAACCGCCAGUCAAAAUUCAAACUUGGCAACUUCAAGUUCAACAACCCAAUCCGCUCAUCGCUCAUCUCGAGGCCUGUUCCCACCAACACCGAGCAGUUCAAGGAAUGGGAAGACCGUUGCGAACCUAUCAACAACAAGCUUCAGGUACCACCACCAGCGCGCCACCCAGCCUACACUGCAUCUGUGUACAGCCGCAACAGUGGAGCAUUUUAGGUGCAGCAUGGGUAUCAUUGGAAUUUAUGGUGUAUGAUUGCGUAUUGUUUGUUUUAACUAUGGAGUUCGGGGUGGUGUUGGUACAGGCGUCGGAAGAUUUGCAUGGUCAUUACGUCCAGACGGGCAGUUCACACUUUAUAAACCAAAUAAUAUUAUUUCCA